UCUCAGGCAGACCGACUGCCACAGAGACAUUAAACUUCAUUACGUGUGCAUAGUCAGGGAAGAAAAGCUAAAAACGCAGUUUAUGGACAUGAAGAAGCAAUCCCUUAUAUGAAAGAGAAAUUAAUAAAUGCUCUGAGACGCAGAAGAAAGGAGGAGCAAUGUGGUGGAGUAUAAAAAAUGGGUUCAGAUUUAAGGGAGCAUAACCUUCCUCAGGAUAACCAAUUAAUAGUACACCCAGCACACACUACUGGACACUUUUAUGCCCUCUGCAAAACUGAGGAACUGGAAGCUCUCGUAAUGAAUACAAAUCCUGAGAUGUCUGCAAACCCCAAAAAGCAGGACGAAGAAAAUAUUGGCCACCAACAGUCAGAAGUCCCCUCCACAGCUCAGAGGGCCAAGCUUGGGCUCUUCAGGGUGAUCCCCUACUUCUCUGGAGACAUGAAGAUCUUUGGAGAAUGGAUGAAAAGGCAGUUUUUCCUUCUGCAGCUUCUAGACUGGGUGCUUCGAGGAGCAGCACAGGUCAUGUUUGUCAACAAUCCCCUCAGUGGCCUAAUCAUCUUUGGUGGAUUAAUACUUCAGAACCGAUGGUGGGCACUCAAUGGCUUUGUGGGCACGCUGUUUGCCACUAUAUCUGCCCUCCUUCUCCAUCAGAGCAGGGAAGCAAUAGCUGCUGGUCUAUAUGGAUACAAUGGAAUCCUGGUUGGCCUUCUAAUGGCAGUGUUCUCUGAUAAGGGUGACUGGUAUUGGUGGCUUUUACUUCCAAAUAUCUUCUUGUCAAUGACAUGCCCAAUAGUUUCCAGUGCCCUGGCUUCAAUCAACAGCAAAUGGGAUCUUCCUGUUUUCACCUUGCCUUUCAACAUCUUGGUCUGCUUGCACAUGGUGGCCACUGGUCACUACAACCAUCACUUUCCUCAGGUCCUCAUUCAGCCAAGGACGUCCCUCCCUAACAUCACCUGGUCAGAGAUAGACGUGGCCAAGCUUUUUCGUGCCGUGCCAGUUGGAGUUGGACAAGUAUAUGGGUGUGACAAUGCAUUGACUGGAGGAAUUUUUAUUGUUUCCUUGUUCAUUUCCUCACCAAUUACUUGCUUGCAUGCAACCAUUGGCUCAACCGUUGGCAUGGUGGCAGGUCUUGCACUUGCUGCACCUUUUGAGGAUAUCUACUUUGGUUUAUGGGGCUAUAAUUGUGUUCUGGCCUGCAUUGCAAUUGGAGGAAUGUUUUACGCCCUGACCUGGCAGACGCAUCUCCUGGCAAUUUUCUGCGCGUUUUUCUGUGCAUACCUCGGCUCUGCCAUUGCAAACGUGAUGGCCACAUUUGGGCUACCAGCCUGUACCUGGCCUUUCUGCCUGUCAGCGCUCACCUUCCUGCUGAUCACUACGGAAAUCAAAUCCAUAUACAAACUGCCUCUUGCAAAGGUGACUUACCCUGAGAAAAAUGUCAGAUAUUUCUUGAAAUUGAAAAAAGCUGAGAAGCUUAACAAUAAUCAGGAGGUGCAAAAGCCAGAAAUAGAUGAGGACUCGGCAAUAGAGCGUAAUACAAUGGAGCAGGAAAACAUAAAUGUAAACAGAAACAGCUUGGUUAUAGACCUUGACAAAUUCAUGUAUGAGGAUGUACAAAUUCAUGUAUGAGGAUAAGAAAAUAGGGUCUAGCUGAGAACUGGCAUUGGCCUCCAGUAUUGUUUAAGCACUGUAGCUUUGUUGUAUUAUUAAUAAAUCUGAUGGCCAGACUAUAUACCGGGGACUGAAAGUAGUCUAGCAGUGUGUACACCUAUAUUACAGUAGCACUGUAUCAGUAUAAUAUACCCACAAAGACACAGGAAUUGCAAGAAUUAUGGAUUGCAAGCUAUCAGAGAUUCUGCAUAGGAUGCCAUUUGGCCAUACAGCACAGCGGGGAGAAGGACCAGUGCAUCCUUCAGUGCAUUGGACAGUCUUGCAACUCGGGCUGAAAGAGCCAGGACCCAGGCUGUGUCAUGGGGUAAACAGAUGACCAGAUGUUGUCAUGUCAGAUAAAGACCAGAUAAGGACCUACAUUAUGGACUGAAAGAAUGCAUUAUGCGUGCACGUAAAUAAAUGAGGAUGAUGAGAGUAUA